CGUACGUUUGUCUCAUCACACAUGUAUAUGCUGAUGUAUAUAUUGAUGUUACAGGUGUGGCCAGAGAGUGCGGUUUUCAUCUGCUGAAGUCAGAAGUUGUAGACCGAUCAAUGAUGCUGAAGUGUACAAAUCUAAGGUAUGACAAAGACAGAGUCAAUCUCGACUGGGUCCACGUCAACACAGAAGGAAACCUGGUCAACAGGGAGUCGAAAACCAGAUAUGCAGGGGAGGGGAGACAGACGAACUACUGGGGCACAUGUAGCACUGCCCCCCUCCCCCGGGCUGGCUGUCCCCAGUACUGGGAGAUGAAGUCCAGGGUCAGUCUGGACAAACCACUCACAGAGCAGUGGCACCUCAUGGAGGUUGGUGUCUGUAGGGAGGAGCAGAGGGACGUGCGUCAUAGUAUAGCAACAUGUAACCACUCCUACUGUAUGAAAGCCUCCUUCUCUAUUAAAUACGGCUGGUUAGGCAGGUACACCUGGAAGGAGGAAAAGUGUGUGCUGUGUUCGUCUGACACCCUCCCCAACACAGCAGGGGCAUCAUACACACUGCAUUACGGUGUUGUCUAUGAUGACGCCAGGAAGAAGAUUGUUUUCAUUGACGUGAAGGAGAACAAAGUGAUUUCGACGUUAGACAAUGUAGACUCUAGUCAGCCACUGUGGCCGAUGUUCGGAAUGUGUAACCCCAAUGAUGCCACUGUCAGCAUGACACUUGUAGUGGGCAGCGACAUCAACAUGACAGAGGAGAAGAAAGCCAUGAUUGUUAAGGCGCUGUCGUGAUGGUGACAGUGAUUGUCAAAACUAUGUCGUUAUGGUGACAAUGGUUGUCAAGGCGCUGUCGUGAUGAUGACAAUGAUGGUGAUUGUGAGAUGAGGUGAAAUGGGGUUUGACGUCGCAUGCA